AACCGCAAAGGCAUUCUGCCCUCUCCUGGGAUGUCUAUACCAGUCGGGCGCCCCGGGCCCUGCGCCCCAGGAUACAACUUCCCCUUUACGUUUCAUUUCCCCUCUCAGAGUUACCCUCCGCUGCCCCAGCUCCCCCUCCCGAAGGCCGGCCCGGCGUCACCUUCCCGCCGGCAGGCCGGGGCGCUGCCGCUGAAGGCCGCCUGCCUGUCCGCCGCGCGGCCGGCCCCUCGCCGCCGCCGUCACGACGACGCCCGCCCGGCUCCCCGCCAGCGCGCCCGCCCCAAGCGACGCCCUGCAUUAGAGCUCCCCCGCUUCCACCGUCCCUUCCCGCCCUUCCUCGUCCGACCUCUCGGCCCACCGCCUCCGGCGGCUGCGAGGCCUCGCCCCGCCGCCGGAGCGGGAGCGGAGCCGAGCCGAGCCGAGGCGGGGCGGGUCGCUAACGGCCGCCACCCGCCGGCGGCCAGGGGCCGCUCCGGCCGCGGUGGCGCCGCGGCGCCAGCAGGCGGCGCUGCGUGGCCGCCGCCAUCGCCGCUCCCCGCAGCUCGGCGGCUGCUCGGGGCCGAGCAGGGCCGAGGCGCCUGCGGCGCGGCUUCCCGGGCGCGGGGGAAGGGGCCCGCGGCCGGGCCGAGGCGACGGCGAGCGGCGGCGCGGGGUCUCGGCGGCGCCAUGGGGAAGCGGGACAACCGGGUGGCUUAUAUGAAUCCCAUAGCUAUGGCCAGAGCGCGAGGUCCUGCCCAAAAUUCGGGACCAACGAUACAAGACUACUUGAACAGGCCAAGACCAACAUGGGAAGAAGUGAAAGAGCAACUAGAAAAGAAAAAGAAAGGAUCCAGGGCUUUGGCUGAGUUUGAAGAAAAGAUGAACGAGAAUUGGAGGAAAGAACUGGAAAAACACAGGGAGAAAUUAAUGGGUGGAAACGAGAGUUCCUCCAAAAAGAAAGAGAAAAAGAAAAAGGAAAAGAAGAAAUCUAAUAGGUUGUCUUCAUCUUCCUCUUCUUCAUCAAGCUCUGAUUCUUCCAGCAGUUCAUCUGAUUCAGAAGAUGAGGAUAAAAAGCAAGGGAAGAAAAGAAGGAAAAAAAAGUAUCGCUCCUCACGGAAGUCUUCAGCAAGCUCAACUUCUGAAUCUGAGUCAGACAGCAAGGACAGCACAAAAAAGAAAAGGUCAAAGGAAGAUUAUGAAAAAGAGAAGGAAGGUAAAAAUCACCACAGGAAAAGGAAGAAAGCCGAUCGUGGUGAUGGACCUUUAUCAUCAGAAUCCUUAUCAGAAUCGGAUCAGACAGAGGAGGUGCAAGCGAAAAAGAAGAAAAACAGUGAGGAAAAAGAGAAAACAGCAAGAUAAAACAAAAAAGAGAAAGAAGCACAAGAAACAUGGUAAAAAGAAGAAAAAGAAGAUUGCUGGUUCAAAUUCGGAUUCGGAAUAAUAUUUAAAAAAACAAGACUAUCAACAGAAGUGCAAUGACUAAAGGAAACUUAAACUGUGAAAUGACAGCAAACUUUACCAAACUGCAUGAGUUUUCCUGUGUUUUAGAAAUAUUCCUAAUCUUUCAGUAGCCAGCCAGAUGCAGCUGUGCUGGGAAAGACCAUUGUUAUUGCCUGCUGCUUAAUACACGAGGUACAACUUUUAUAAAAUUCCAGUAAGCAGUGUCAGAUGUUUGAAACAAUAUGAGAUGGUAGUCCAGCUGAGGUGUAAAAUAUUGGAAAAUGAGAGUUAAACUUUUUAGAUAGUAAAAGUAGUCUUUUAAAGCAUUAGUAAUAGUCUUUAUUUGUAAAUCAGGACAAAUAAAAUCCCAAGUUCAUCCUGCAGGUUAAUAUUAUACAUAAACUAUUACAAGCUGGUGUCUGCUAAUGGCAUUUACAAAAUGGGAAAUUAAUGAUAACAUUUAAAAUGCUGCCUUUGUAGAAAUGUUUAUCAUCUGCCCCAUUGCCGUCUUCAUGCUUACGAGAAGGGGAAUGCUACCAUUUUGGCUAACUGAAUAGGGUGCCUUUGCCUUUGAUUCUUGCAAAUCUUUGCUAUUUUUAAUCCAUGCAGCAUCUCCGAUUCUAGGGAAGCCAGAACUAUUGUCAGCAGGCUUUUUCUGAAUAAGCAGUUCUGGGCUUCUAAGCAUGUGCUUCUGCAUUAAGCAAGAGCAAUGACAUUUUGCAGUAUAACUGACAUUCAAAACCUGAAGAUUUUACCUCUGCUUCUUUGAAAUAGCGAUAGAUCUUUGCUAGUAAAUAUGCAUAUUUCAUUUAAUGUACUUUUGGUUUAGUUGAACACUUUUUGCAAACACUGGUAGCUUUCUUUGCAUUAUCUUUAGAAUUGUUUUGCAUGAUUUGUACCAUUUUUAAAUUAACAAAAUGCAAGUAAUCGUUUGUUGUAACCAGUUCUAUGAAUUACGUUCCACAUGCAGAGUUUCAUGUACGUAUUUAGUUAUUCUUACAGUCAAGUUCAUUGCUGUGUUUAAGUGCACACUUGCUGAAGAUACUUAGCAUGUAAAAAGCAGGGUUUUGAUACCUUAACAGCUUCAUAUUGAAGCUGAUUUUACUCUUAAGCAAGUUCAGUGGCAGACCUGUUACGUGAUGUGUCUUGUUAGAUAAAAAAAACUACUGCCAGAAUCUCAUUAAAGAUGCUGUUUAAACAGUUUGUAUUUAUAUUUUUGUACUUGAGGGCUACAGAAUGUUGACCUAAAUCAUAAAGCUGUUUUACAUUAAAUUAGUUGCUUUAGAAAUUGAAAAAAGCUUUUAUAAAUUAAAUGCGCAUGCAAGAAAACACAAGCAACCAUUCAAUUUUAGUUUUUACAUGAAAUUCUCAUUGCAUCUUCCAUUGAUGUACCCAUUGCUGGGCCUCCUGUUAGCCUUUAAAAACUGCCCGUCCACCCCAAGUGGUUGACUAUAGAUUGUACUCUUGAUCAACCCCUUUUUUCAUUGCACAGGUGCUAACUUAGAGCUUUCCUCUAUUGCAUACAGAUGUUUCAAAUAUUGUAUUGCCAAGAAUUUUAAGACCUUUAAGACCUUGAUUAUUAGUCUGCAAACCAUAACUAAAAACUGGGGGAGAAAGAUGAUUUUGUAUUGCCAUUCUACAGAUAAAUUGACUUUUCAAGUUAAGUUCUUGGGAAAAUACAACCAUUGAGUUGUUGUAAUGUCCCUCUAAACCAUAGUAAGAAUAUUUUGAUUAAAUAUUUUAUACUGUUGGGCUUGAUGUUACAGAUUCUCGACACUGUUUUGUCAGUGAGGUUAAAAUAAAGGCAAGAUGCAGUGAACAGUAGGGGUUUGGCUUGGGGUUUGCGUUUGGUUUUGUUGGGGUUGUUUUCUUUAUAAAUUGUGGUGUUGCAGUUUUGGUGAAAGAAGUUGUAAUGAACCAUAGCAUAAAUGGUCUGUCCUGUGUGAUACCUUAUUUGAUUCUUACACAACUACCUGCAACAGAAAGAAAUAAAAAUGGAGAUGAGCCCCGGU